AUGGCUCAAACCAAGGUCACUCGGAGGGCAGCUACAAUAUCAGCAAGAGUAGCAUCAAUGGCAAUAGCAUGGGAACUCUUCAUUAACAUCCUUAUGACAAUUGAAGUUGCCAAGCAGAGAGCACUGGGUAGUGUGGGAGGUGUUGGAGGUGGAGGUAUUUUUGUACCAAUGCUUGCCUUGAUCAUUGGUUUUGAUCCCAAGUCUUCCACUGCCCUUUCCAAGUGUUCAACAGUAUACUUCAAUUUGAGACUUAGGCACCCAACACUGGACAUGCCCCUUAUAGAUUAUGAUCUGGCUUUACUCUUUCAGCCAAUGCUCAUGCUAGGCAUCAGCAUAGGAGUUGCCUUCAACGUCAUGUUCGCCGACUGGAUGGUCACAGUUCUACCUAUCAUUCUCUUCUUACGUGCAGCAGCAAAAGCUUUAAUGAAAGGCGUAGAAACAUGGAAGAAAGAGACAAUGAUGAAGAAGGAAGCAGAAAAGCAGUUGGAGUCGGAGUCCAAACCUGGUGUUGAGUGCUCAUCCAAGCAAACAUUCCUAUAUAUUUAG